AUGCAUCUCCUAAUGUAAAGUAGGCAUCUCCAGCUUUAAAGUAAGAAUUCACUUCCUUCCACUCAAAAUUCAGUAUUUAUUUAUUGUAUUCUUAGGCUGCUUUUCAAAAACCAAAACAUUAUAAUACUGCUCCAAUGAAUAAAUAACCUAUUUAAAAGAAACUCUCUCCAACUAGACCAUAAUAAGAGAUAAGACCUAAUCCUAAUAGGGCAUCUCCGAUUACUUAAUAAAAACCUUCUCCUGGAAAAAAUAAUAUCUUUAAACAGCCAUCUCCUCCAAGAUAAAAUUAUUAAUAAAAUUAGGCUCCUUCAUAACAAUAGGCUAUAUAAAGGACAAAUUAAUCUGCUAAUAAUUAUAAAUAGCCUAUGGGAGUAGGUGCAUAAUGA